AAAUCGAAAUAAAUAAAUAAUACGUAUUCUAACAUAUUAAUAUCUAAAAUGCGAUAUUUAUCACAAAUAUUCCAACCUGUAAUCACAAUACCAAGAGAUGCGGUCAUUAAAAAUACUGAAAUAACAUGCAAAAGUCAAAAACUUCUUUUAGAAUGUGGUCUAGUUCGACCGACCAGUGCUGGCUUUUUCACAAUACUACCUUUAGCUCGGAGAGUACUAAAUAAAUUAGAAUCUUUGGUACAUCAUUGUAUGGAGGAGAUUGGAGCCCAAAGGAUGUCAUUACCAUCACUGACAGCUGCAAAACUAUGGGAAAGAACUGGCAGGUUACAAGAUAUUGGUGUUGAAUUGUUAAAAGUUGAAGAUAGACAUGGGAAGAAAUAUGUUUUGUCACCGACCCAUGAAGAAGCGAUGGCAGAUCUCUUAGCUGAUAUUGGACCUUUAUCUUAUAAACAACUGCCUCUACUUUUGUAUCAAAUAAGCAACAAGUUCCGCGACGAGCCACGUCCGAAGCACGGCUUGCUGCGUUCUAGAGAGUUCUCAAUGUUAGACGCGUACGGCGCUCAUACCACACCCGCGUGUGCGAGCGAGACAUACGAUAGAGUCAACAACGCGUAUACAAAACUAUUCGACACAUUAAAACUGCCGAUACAUAGAGUGGCAGCCCCGAGUGGUGCUAUGGGCGGGACUCUGUCCCACGAGUGGCAGCUAGUGGCUGACGCUGGAGAGGAUAUCCUGGAGGUGUGCCUCAAGUGUGAUAAUGUGGUCCGCGCAGACACUGCGAGUGGAGUCUGCGAUAAAUGUGGGAGCGAGACGAAACGUGUUAACAGUAUUGAAGUAGGACAUACAUUUGUGUUGGGUGAGCGGUACAGCGCAGCGCUGGGCGCACACUACACCGCACCUGAUGCCACGCCUACACCCAUUUACAUGUCCUGCUAUGGCAUUGGUAUUACCAGAUUACUCGCGGCUAGUGUGGAGGCUUUAGGAAAUGAUAAAGCGUUGCGAUGGCCGGACGCCAUCGCUCCUUACAGACUACUUAUAAUAGGACCUAAGGAGGGUUCCAAAGAAUGGUUGGUAGGUGGAUGGGAGGAGGUGCAGCGUUUGGGCCAGGAGUUGGAGCAAGUCGGGCUGGAAGGCGACGUGGUUCUGGAUGACAAGCACACUCAUACCAUUGGCAGGCGAAUGAAGGCUGCUGACAGAAUGGGUUACCCUAUAAUAGUAGUUUGCGGACGUUCAGCAACAGAAAAUCCACCUAAAUAUGAGUUGUACACAAGCAGAGCUAUCGGCUACACAGCACCAGUUUUACUGACUCGUUCUGAACUUAUAACUGAAGUGGCCAGGAUUGUGAGAAAUGGCAACAUCGAAAUACAAUUGAAAGAUAUUGAUGUAAAACAAGUUGUUGGCAAUUAA